ACAAACCGAGAAACGGACGUGUUUGCAGUUCGUGUUAAAUCUUUCUUUCAAGUUACAAUUAACUAAUUCGUUGUUUGUUAAAUUCCAAGUAAAAAUGGCAACGACACCCGUACGCCUGGAGGACAUUCCCAACCUACAACAAAUCCUCGAAUCUCGCUGGUCAAAGCUUCACAACCAGCCAGCACCAGACACCAUCUUCCGCUACCAGCUGACAAUUGAACGAGAGCGAGUGACCACCGACGGCGAGUUCAAUUUUCUCUUGCAGCUUAAUCGCAAACGAACGACGGACCGUCGAAAACCGGAAAUCACCGCCGGCUUGCAGCCACCAUUCGAUCCGAAUCGGUUCAACUUUAACCGAGCGAAUCCACGGGAAGUGCUGCUGGAAGUUCGCAUCGAUGACACUCUGUUGACAGUGUUGGUUAACGUCAGUCCAUUGAGCCACUAUCAUUCGCUGUUGGUUCCCGAUCGGGAACGGAACCUGCCGCAGGUUUUAACCGCUGGUAGUUUAAAUGCCGUCAUUCGAUUUAUGCUGUCGCUUGAGGAUCGUGACUAUCGGAUAGGGUACAAUAGUUCCGGUGCCAUGGCGUCGGUGAAUCAUCUUCACUUUCAUCUGGUUCACGUCUGUCAAAAGUUGUACGUGGAAGAUGCGCCCCUAACCAAAAUAGGAUCUCAUUUGUAUCGCCUUGACAACCAACCAGCCAAAGCCUACUGUUUCGUACUGGAAGAUCAAUCCACCGAAACGGGUACUUUUAUCACUAGAACCACCCGUCUAAUCAGCACGCUACUAUCAGCCGAAAUCGGUCACAACCUAUUCCUAACGUGGGAUGCCGCGCGGACCACCCUACGGGUACUGAUCUAUCCCCGGUUGAGGUUAUGUGAAAACAAACAGGUUUCCCCAUUUAAUGUGGCCGGUUUUGAGCUGAGUGGGUUUGUUACCCUCGGCGAGGAGUCGGACUAUGAACGGUUGGAUGGGCGAAAGCUGGCGGAGUACUUUCGGGAGGCUCAAGGUACCGAUCUGUAUGAACGGUUGGAUUCGCUGGUGCUGAAGGGAUUGGAAGGGACGCGGAAACGUGUGAACCGUAAUUAGGGACAAACGAAUGGUGAUUGUAUUUCGGUGGGAGGGUGGUGGUUAGGUGAUGAAAAAGGGUGCUGAAUAAAUUAUUACGAACCGAGCGUUUGAUGAAUGGAUUUUCACCGUAGCGUUUUAUAGCUUUGCGGGAGCCGAACGAGCUCAGGAAUGUUAAUUUGGCAUUCAUGUUUGAUUUGAAGUUUUAAACUUGCCUGUUUGAGUUGGCGAAUUAAGAGCUUUU